GUAAUCUUUAUAGAAGCAGACUGCCCCAUCUUAGAGCGGUUGGUGGAUUCAAAUCACCAACCUUUUGGUUAGUAGCCGAGUGCUUAACUACUAUACCACGAGGGCUCCUUGAAGAAUGCUGUAGGCAGGGUUAAAACCUAAACAAAAACACUAAGGUGAGGCAUAAACAGGAUACGUGAGAACUAUAAUCCUACCUGACUCAUUAUUUUGUGAAUAAGAUAAUAAGAAAAAAAUCAAGCAGAUUCAGGAAGGUCUUCUGUGCUAGUAGAUCAUUGAUUUAUUCAGCAGCUAUCUAUCGAGUACCUCUGUGUCAGGCUCUUCUGUUUGGACAGUGGAGAUAAGCAAGCAGAUGAAGAUUUUCCUGCCUUCUCAAAGCUUGCAUUCUAGUGGGAGGACACAGACAAUUAGCAGUGUAGGUGACAAGUUAAUUAAUAUGUUAGAAAAGUAUUAAGUGUUAUGGAAGAAAAGAAAAAAUGAGAUCAGAGUGAGGAUUCGGAGUCCUGGGCCAGGGCGAGGCAGGGCUGAGGAAGGCUGCAGCAUGAAAUAGGGGUAGGUCUUCAUUGGGGAUUGUUUUGAUGACUUUUUUUGUUGUUUUGUUUUGUUCUUUAAGCUUCUAAUUUCUUUUCUAUGUUUGACUGCAUUUGUAUCCCAGCUCCUUCUUUUACUAGACUAUGAAACUAGCACUUUAUCUAAUCGAACUUCCAAGACCACCUUCCCCCAUCAGUUUUUUAAAAGCAGUGAUAUCAGCCUCCUUACGCGGUGGUUAUGAGCUUUGUCUGCCCAUGCCGAUCGAUGUGGUCUACACCUGGGUCAACGGCACCGAUCUUGAACUGCUAAAGGAACUAAAAGAAGUCAGAGAACAGAUGGAGGAGGAGCAGAAAGCAAUGAGAGAAAUCCUUGGGAAGAACACAACGGAACCAACUAAAAAGAGUGAGAAGCAAUUAGAGUGUUUGCUGACCCACUGCAUUAAGGUGCCAAUGCUCAUCCUGGAUCCAGCCCUGCCAGCCAACAUCACACUAAAGGACCUGCCAUCUCUCCAUCCUUCCUUUCAUUCUGCCAGUGACAUAUUCAAUGUUGCCAAACCAAAAAACCCCUCCACUAAUGUCUCAGUUGUCGUUUUUGACAGCUCUAAGGAUGUUGAAGAUGCCCAUGCUGGAAUGUUUAAAGCAGACAGCAAACAGACGGUUUGGAGGGGCUAUUUGACAACAGAUAAAGAAGUCCCUGGGUUAGUGCUAAUGCAAGAUUUGGCUUUCCUCAGUGGAUUUCCACCGACAUUCAAGGAAACAAAUCAACUAAAAACAAAAUUGCCAGAAAAUCUUUCUUCUAAAAUAAAACUGUUGCAGUUAUAUUCAGAGGCAAGUGUAGCGCUUCUAAAAUUGAAUAACCCCAAGGGUUUCCAAGAACUGAAUAAACAAACUAAGAAGAACAUGACUAUCGAUGGAAAAGAACUGACCAUAAGUCCUGCAUAUUUAUUAUGGGAUCUGAGUGCCAUCAGCCAGUCCAAGCAGGAUGAAGAUGUGUCUGCCAGCCGUUUUGAAGAUAAUGAAGAGCUGAGAUACUCAUUGAGAUCUAUCGAGAGGCACGCACCAUGGGUUCGGAAUAUUUUCAUUGUCACCAACGGGCAGAUCCCAUCUUGGCUGAACCUAGAUAACCCUCGAGUAACAAUAGUAACACAUCAGGAUGUUUUUCAAAAUUUGAGCCACUUGCCUACCUUUAGUUCACCUGCUAUUGAAAGUCACAUUCAUCGCAUUGAAGGGCUAUCACAGAAGUUUAUUUACCUAAAUGAUGAUGUUAUGUUUGGGAAGGAUGUCUGGCCAGAUGAUUUUUACAGCCACUCCAAAGGUCAGAAGGUUUAUUUGACGUGGCCUGUGCCAAACUGUGCUGAGGGUUGCCCCGGUUCCUGGAUUAAAGACGGCUAUUGUGAUAAGGCUUGUAAUAAUUCAGCCUGUGAUUGGGAUGGUGGUGAUUGCUCUGGCAACAGUGGAGGCAGUCGCUAUGUUGCAGGAGGUGGGGGCACCGGCAGUGUUGGAGUUGGACAGCCCUGGCAGUUUGGUGGAGGGAUAAGUAGUAUCUCUUACUGUAAUCAAGGAUGUGCAAAUUCCUGGCUUGCUGAUAAGUUCUGUGACCAAGCCUGCAACGUCUUGUCCUGUGGGUUUGAUGCUGGCGACUGUGGGCAAGAUCAUUUUCAUGAAUUGUAUAAAGUCACACUUCUCCCAAACCAGACUCACUAUAUUCUUCCAAAAGGUGAAUGCCUGCCUUAUUUCAGCUUUGCAGAAAUAGCCAAAAGAGGACUCGAAGGUGCCUAUAGUGACAAUCCAGUCAUUCGACAUGCUUCUAUUGCCAAUAAAUGGAAAACCAUCCAUCUGAUAAUGAACAGUGGAAUGAAUGCGACCACAAUACAUUUCAACCUCACAUUUCAAAGUAAAAACAAUGACGAGUUCAAAAUCCAGAUAACAGUAGAGGUUGACACAAGAGAGGAACCAAAACUAAAUUCUACGACCCAGAAGUCUUACGAACAUUUGGUUAGCCCCGUAACAAUUCUUCCAGAGGCAGAAAUCCUGUUUGAAGAUGUUCCUCUGGAGAAACGCUUUCCAAAGUUCAAGAGACGUGGUAACACAACAGAGAGGCUCCAAGAGGAGGUGAAAAUCCCCUUGAUCAAUAUUUCACUUCUUCCAAAAGAGGCCCAGCUAAGUCUCAAUAACUUGGAUUUGCAACUAGAGCAUGGAGAUAUCACUUUGAAAGGCUACAAUCUAUCCAAGUCAGCCUUGCUACGAUCAUUUCUGAUGAACUCACAGGACGCUAAAGCGAAAAUAAGUGAAGCUGUAAUAAUAGAUGAAAGAAAUGACAGUUUGCAUGUCCCACUGGAAAAACAAGUUCACAAAAACGUCUUGGCAAACGGCUUAGCAUCUGAAAGAUUGCAAAGGUCUACUUUUCCAGCGGUGACAAUAAAAAUGAAGGACCACCCCCAGGGCCAGAAUCCACCCCAGAACUUGAAGUCCAAAGCAGGAUUUAGGUCUGAAACUCAGAUACAAAAAAUAGGAGGCAGAGGUGCAUCAAAUGAAAAGCUCUCCUCUCUGAUUGUCCCACUGGAAAACCACAUGACAAAAGAAAAGAAAAUCACAGGGAAAGAAGAAGAGAAAAACAGAGUGGAGGGAAAUGUUAAAAAUAACAUAGAUGUUAAUGAAGUAUUACCUGGAAGAAAACUGCAGCAUUAUACAGAAGAUUACCUGGGCUUUUUGCCGUGGGAGAAAAAGAAGUAUUUCCAAGAUCUUCUUGAUGAAGAAGAAUCACUGAAGACACAAUUGGCCUACUUUACCGAUAGCAAGCAUACUGGGAGGCAACUGAAAGAUACGUUUGCAGAUUCCCUCCGCUAUGUCAAUAAAAUUCUAAAUAGCAAAUUUGGAUUCACAUCUCGGAAAGUCCCCGCACACAUGCCUCACAUGAUUGACCGAAUUGUUAUGCAAGAACUGCAGGAUAUGUUCCCUGAAGAAUUUGACAAGACGUCAUUUCACAAAGUCCGCCAUUCUGAGGAUAUGCAGUUUGCCUUCUCUUAUUUUUAUUAUCUCAUGAGUGCAGUCCAGCCACUGAAUAUAUCUCAAAUUUUUGAUGAAGUGGAUACAGACCAAUCUGGUGUUUUAUCUGACAGAGAAAUCCGAACACUGGCUACCAGAAUUCAUGACCUGCCUUUAAGUUUGCAGGAUUUGACAGGUCUGGAACACAUGUUAAUAAAUUGCUCGAAAAUGCUUCCUGCCAAUAUCACUCAGCUAAACAGCAUUCCACCAACUCAGGAAGCAUACUAUGAUCCCAAUCUGCCACCAGUCACUAAGAGUUUAGUUACCAACUGUAAACCAGUAACUAAUAAAAUCCACAAAGCAUAUAAGGACAAAAACAAAUAUAGGUUUGAAAUCAUGGGAGAAGAAGAGAUUGCUUUUAAAAUGAUCCGUACCAAUGUUUCUCAUGUGGUUGGCCAGCUGGAUGACAUAAGGAAAAAUCCCAGGAAAUUUGUUUGUCUGAAUGACAAUAUUGACCAUAAUCAUAAAGAUGCCCAGACAGUGAAGGCUGUUCUCAGGGAUUUCUAUGAAUCCAUGUUCCCCAUCCCAUCCCAGUUUGAGCUGCCAAGAGAGUAUCGUAACCGUUUCCUUCAUAUGCAUGAGCUGCAAGAAUGGAGAGCGUAUCGGGAUAAAUUGAAGUUUUGGACCCAUUGUGUACUAGCAACAUUGAUUAUGUUUACUGUAUUCUCUUUUUUUGCUGAACAGGUCUUACUUUGGAAACAACCCAGACAUUCAUGGACAAGAAAAUGGAUGGAUAAGUUAUGGAAUUCUAUCACAAUGGAAUAUCACACAGCAGUGAAAAAUGAAAGAACUGUGGCUACAGUUGGUAGGCCACCUAGAGGCACCUCAGAAGAAAGACCUGUCAGAAAAAACCUACCAAUGGCACCUUCCAGAAGAAAGCAUACCGGAAAAUCUAUGAAGUCAGCAAUGGAGGAUCAGGUUAUACGAGCCUAUGACUUUGAGAAAGAAGAUAAAAAGGAUCUAAGUGGUUCAGAGGAGGAUGUUCCAGAAGGAAAGACUCCAGUAAUUGAUAAGCGUGGGAAGAAAAGGCCUUCCACAGGAAUAGCUGAGGAAGAUGUGGGGGGUGAAGUACGGAAUAUGCUGGAAAAAUUUGGAGCUGACAUUAACAAGGCUCUUCUUGCAAAGAGAAAAAGAUUAGAAAUGUAUACGAAGGCUUCUCUCAAAAGCAGUAACCAGAAAGUUGAAAGUAUUUGGAAAACACAACAACAGCAAAGGCAGAAGCUUAACGAAGAAUAUUCUCAGCAGUUUCGUACUUUGCUUCAGCAGUGGGAUACAGAUGUGCAGAAAGCUGAGGAACAAGAAGAAAAACUGGUUAAUAUGUUUCGACAGCAACAAAAGGUCUUUCAACAAUCUAGAAUUGUUCAGAGUCAGAGACUGAAAACAAUUAAACAGUUACAUGAACAGUUCAUAAAGGGUAUGGAGGACCUGGAGAAGAAUCAUGAAAAUUUUUUUAAUGGUGCACAAAAUGAACUUAGAAAAGAAAUGGCUAUGUUGCAAAAGAAAAUUAUGAUGGAUACUCAACAGCAAGAGAUGGCAAGUGUUCGAAAGUCUCUUCAGUCCAUGUUAUUCUGAUGACUCUUUGAAGAAAGAACUUGAACCUAAGUAAUAUGAUACAAUUAUAACAUUAGCUAAGGGGCACAUAACAUCUUUAUAGUUG